AUCCACCAAUCUACUACCCACCUACCUACAGUAGUACCCAGUACCUAGCCAGAAUAUUUCCUUUAUUUUGCUGCUGCUUGUAGGAAAGUCUGUCUGGUUCUCGUCGGUUUUGGGUAAAAAGAAGGGAUUCACAACUUCUUUCCCCCUUCAACAUCAGCAACACAUCUUUUCGGUUUUCUUUUCAACUGGUUCCUUUUAAACUUUUGGCAACCUCUCAAUACAUUCACUCGCUUUUGUUCCUUGCUCAUAAUUCAUUCGCUAUUUGACUUGGGUUUUUAAUAGAGUCUCUCAUUCUCUUCUAAAAACUAACCCCUACCUCCCCUUCGCUGAGCCAACCAACUUUCGCACCGAAAGGCGUUGUCCAAUUAUCCCAAUACUGAUUGAUAUCCUUACUUAUUCGAAAUCAGCCAGAGCAUUGAAGAUCAAUUGAAUCACAAAUAUAACCAUUAAGGGUUUCGACCCGCACCCAUCCAUCAUGGCUCUCAAUAAUCCAAGCAGCGGUGCACACUCGCAGCCAUCCCUUCCUGCCUUACCAGCUCACCUACAGUCCGAUACACAUCUGACGGCACAUCUUGCAAGUCGAUUUCAUGUUUCAUUGCCAACGGCGGAUCUUUCUUCUCAUGCAUUAAUAUCCCUCAAUACUUAUUCUUCUUCGACGAAGGGUCCAGAUGGAGGUAAAGAAGGGAGUGCAAUGGGGGGCGCCGAGGGCAUGGCCGACAAAGCAUAUGCAAGACUUGGAGCUAGAACUGAGAACCAAGCGAUAGUCUUUUUGUGAGUGGAAGAUCUCACAUUCAAAUUCUUCCCGAGACAUCUUUGCUAAUGGGGUUGAUAGGGGAGAGUCAGGAUCUGGUAAAACUACUGUUCGUUCUCAUUUGCUUUCGGCUUUACUUAGCAAAUCCGGUACCCCUCUUUCCACCAAGCUAUCUCUGUCCGCAUACGUCUUUGAUACUCUCACAUCCACUAAAACCGCUACCACUCCAACCGCUUCCAAGGCAGGUCUGUUCUUCGAGCUUCAGUAUGACACUGCUUCAACAGUCAAUCCAACCUUGAUUGGUGGAAAGGUCCUAGAUCACAGGUUAGAACGAAGUAGAGUGGCCGCGGUACCGACGGGAGAGAGGAAUUUUCAUGUCUUGUAUUACCUUCUAGCUGGUACCAGUGCUGCCGAAAAGACACAUUUGGGAUUAGAUUCACCUGCAGAUCAUGGUGGCGCGGGUAAUCGACUUUCGACUGGAGGCCAAAAGAGAUGGCGCUAUCUUGGACACCCAACGCAACUCAAGGUGGGAAUCAACGAUGCGGAGGGUUUCCAGCUAUUCAAGACAGCAUUGAGAAAGUUGGAGUUUCCACGGAGUGAAAUCGCCGAGAUUUGCCAGAUCUUGGCUAGUAUCCUUCACAUUGGACAACUUGAGUUCGAAACGGCUGAGAGCACGUCAGCUAUGGGAGAUGAUAGCGGUGGUUACUCACACGAAGGUGGUCAGCAAUUUACGGCUGUCAAAAAUAAGGAUGUUCUAGCCAUCAUAGCAGCAUUUUUAGGGGUCGGUGCGGCCGAUUUGCAAACGACGCUUGGUUACAAGACCAAAAUCCUACAUAGAGAAAGGGUAACGGUGAUGCUCGACCCUAAGGGAGCGAAGAGCAACGCAGAUGAGCUAGCAAGGACCUUGUACUCGUUGCUCGUGGCGUAUGUCAUCGAAAGCAUUAACCAAAGAGUUUGUGCGUCGGAGGAGUCGGUUGGAAACACCAUCUCCAUUGUCGAUUUCCCCGGUUUUGCUCAACAGCCGGCCACCGAUUCGACCCUUGACCAGCUUCUCAAUAAUGCUGCAACCGAGGCACUCUACAACUUCACCCUACAAAGCUUUUUCGAGGCAAAGGCUGAUAUGCUCGAAACCGAGGAAGUAACCGUUGCAGCCACCAGCUACUUCGAUAAUUCAGACGCCGUCAGGGGUCUUCUCAAGCACGGUAACGGUCUCUUGAGUAUUCUUGACGACCAAACCAAGCGCCAUAAGACGGACGUACAACUACUAGAAAGCUUGCGAAAACGCUUCGAGGGCAAGAACCCGGCCAUCACAGUCAGCAGUGCAACGGCCAAACUACCAGGCAGCAACUUUGCUACUCACAAUGCCUCGGCUGCAUUCACCGUUAAGCACUUUGCUGGAGAAGUGGAGUAUCCGGUUGCUGGUUUGGUGGAAGAAAAUGGAGAAGUCAUCUCGGGGGAUCUCAUGAACUUGAUUCGUGACACCAAAAGUGACUUCGUAGGCCAGCUUUUUGGUCAAGAGGCCCUUCAACGUAUGGUGCACCCACAGGAGAAGUCAACAGUCAUGCAAGCUCAAGUCAGCUCAAAGCCUUUGAGACAGCCAAGUGUCAUGCGACGAAAAGGAGAUCGGCCAAGCCGUUUUGGUGGCUCCAAGAAUGCAAUGGACUCGGUCGAAGACAUCACAGAAACUAUCGACUCGGGGAGCAAAACUCGAAAGGGAAUCAACAUUGACCAAGGAGCUGCUGCACAAUACCUAUCCUCCUUGGACAAUAUCCUUAAAGCCCUUAACUCGCAGAACACGAACCCGUACUUUGUAUUUUGUCUCAAGCCGAAUGACCGUCGCAUAGCCAACCAAUUCGACAGCAAAUGUGUGCGAAUGCAACUUCAAACUUUUGGCAUUGCUGAAAUUAGUCAGCGGUUACGGAACGCUGACUUUGGUCUCUUUAUUCCCUUUGGAGAGUUCCUCGGACUAGCAGACACUGAAACGAUAUUAGUUGGCAGCGAGCGUGAAAAGGCGGAAAAUGUCAUCGAAGAGAAGAGAUGGCCUUCUAAUGAGGCGAGGGUUGGAAGCACGGGAGUAUUCCUCAGUGAGAGGUGCUGGGCCGAAAUUGCUAAGCUGCAUGAGCGUGGUUUCGUCGCAGGACGUUAUCCCCUGCCAUCUGAUGAUGGUGGAGAGCCCAGACUCACGUCAGGUGAUAACUAUGGAGCCUCGAAAGAACGUCUUUUGGGUCCUGGAGCCGGUCUACUCACGCCAUCACCUGGAGCUUACAUCUACGGAGACAAAAAAUCUGGUUACUUCGGUAGUCAAGAUGAUGCACGCUCUGAUGCUGGUGCCUCGGCUCUUGGGCAGGGUGAUAUGUUCCGUAAUUUGGACACCAAGGAGCAAUUGGCAGAAAAGGGAAAUGAAAAGACGAUGGUUGAGGUAGAGGAAGUUAAAGUCAGCGGGUCGCGCAAGAGGUGGCUAGCAAUGGUGUACAUGAUGACAUGGCUCAUUCCUGAUUUCUUGAUACGAUUGGUUGGUCGCAUGCCUCGAAAGGAUGUUCGACUGGCCUGGAGAGAGAAGCUCGCCAUCAACAUGAUGAUUUGGUGGAGUUGUCUCUUCUCCGCUUUUUUCGUUGUACUCUUCCCGAAAUUGAUUUGUCCUACUCAACACGUCUACAGUGCGGCUGAAUUGAGUUCUUACGAUGGGAAAAAAGCCGAUGCUUACAUUGCCAUCAGAGGACAGGUCUUUGAUCUCUCAGGCUUCUCAACACAUCAUUACCCAUCGAUUAUACCCCAAAAGAGUCUUCUAAAGUAUGCUGGUAUCGAUGCCACCGGCCUAUUUCCCAUCCAAGUCUCGGCUGUCUGUCAAGGAACGACAGGAUCUAUUGAUCCCUCAGUGCAGCUCGAUUAUACUUCCAGCAAUGUCAGUGGUUCCGCAGCUACAGUUAGUAGCACGGAUACUAAUGCUGCGUAUCACGACUUCCGUGCCUUCAAAAACGAUAGUCGCCCUGAUUGGUUUAUAGAGCAAAUGAUCAUGCUCAGGGAGUCUGGUUAUUACAAAGGUCGUAUUGGUUACACAGCAAAGUAUGUCAAAACUCUUGCUUCGAAACUGAGCUCAAUUGCCAUUAUACAUGGCAAGGUCUACGACUUGACGAAGUAUGUUUCGGGAGGCCGUAAAAUCAUUGUCGCCGAGGGAGACACCGUACCUGCUGGUGUUAAUGUCGAUUUCAUGUCACCCUUAGUCGUGGACUUGUUUCAGCAAAAAUCUGGAAAGGAUGUUACGAACUACUGGGACGCUCUUGCCAUCAGUGACGAGAUGCGGUCUAGGAUGAAGAUCUGUCUCGAUAACCUCUUCUAUGUUGCAGACGUCGAUACCAGAAACUCCGUCAAGUGUCAAUUUGCCGAAUACUUGAUAUUGGCUAUUACAAUUAUUCUCUCCUCCGUUAUCGUCUUCAAGUUUCUCGCAGCUCUCCAGUUCGGCGGUAGAAACGUUCCCGAAAACCUGGAUAAGUUUGUCAUUUGCCAAGUGCCUGUCUAUACAGAAGACGAGGAUUCCCUUCGUCGAGCUAUCGAUUCUAUUGCUAGAAUGAAGUAUGAUGACAAACGCAAACUCUUGGUCGUUAUCUGUGACGGUAUGAUUAUUGGUCAGGGUAACGACAGACCCACUCCACGUAUCGUUUUGGACAUUCUUGGAGUAUCAGAUACUGUUGAUCCUGAGCCUCUAAGCUUUGAAUCUUUGGGCGAGGGGAUGAAACAACACAACAUGGGCAAAUGUUAUUCUGGUCUUUACGAGGUCCAAGGUCACAUCGUUCCUUUCUUGGUUGUCGUCAAGGUUGGCAAGCCUUCUGAAGUUUCGAAACCAGGGAACAGAGGAAAGCGUGAUUCUCAGAUGGUCAUGAUGCGAUUCUUGAACCGUGUUCAUUACAAUGCGCCCAUGAGCCCCCUAGAGCUUGAAAUGUAUCACCAAGUCCGCAAUAUCAUUGGUGUCAACCCAACAUUCUAUGAGUUUAUGCUACAAAUUGAUGCAGAUACAGUCGUUGCAGCGGAUUCGGCAUCUCGUAUGGUUUCGGCAUUCUUAAACGACACUAAGCUGCUCGGUGUAUGUGGAGAAACAUCGUUGACGAACUCCAAAUCAUCGUUUAUCACUAUGAUUCAAGUUUACGAGUACUUCAUCUCCCACAACCUUGCCAAGGCAUUCGAAAGUUUGUUCGGUAGUGUUACUUGUUUGCCGGGUUGUUUCACAAUGUAUCGUGUUCGAGCUGCAGAAUCCGGCAAGCCACUAUUUGUCAGUCGGGAGGUGGUGGAUGACUAUUCCAACAUUCGAGUCGACACGCUUCACAUGAAGAACUUGCUCCAUCUGGGAGAGGAUCGUUAUUUGACCACACUACUCAUGAAGCAUCACAGCAAGUACAAGACUAAAUACAUCCGCACUGCUCACGCUUGGACUAUUGCUCCCGAUACCUGGGCAGUCUUCCUUUCUCAACGUCGUCGCUGGAUCAACUCAACCGUACACAAUCUUGCAGAACUCGUACCUAUGUCCGAACUUUGUGGGUUCUGCUGCUUCAGUAUGCGUUUCGUUGUUAUGAUUGAUCUGGUGUCCACCUUGGUCCAACCUGUCACUAUUGCUUAUAUUGUUUACCUUGUCGUCCUCGUUAUAGAAUCGCCAUCUUAUGUUCCUGUCACGGCUUUCGUUCUACUUGCUGCAAUUUAUGGUUUGCAGGCAAUUAUUUUCAUCGUGCGACGCAAGUGGGAGAUGAUCGGGUGGAUGAUUCUCUACAUCGUUGCCAUUCCCGUGUACUCCUUAUGCUUGCCAUUGUAUAGUUUCUGGCAUAUGGAUGAUUUCUCGUGGGGUAACACUCGUGUCGUGACGGGAGAGAAGGGUAAACAGAUCGUCAUCACAGACGAGGGAGUAUUUGAUCCUGCUUCUAUUCCGCACAAGAAAUGGGAAGACUACCAAGCCGAGCUUUGGGAAGCCCAAACGCAACAGGAUGAUGAUGGACGAUCUGUGGUUUCAGGAUACUCCUAUGGCACCAAGUACCACCCUGGUGUUUCGGAAUACGCAAUUCCAGCAUCUGGAGCGGCAUCACAUUACAACGGUUAUGGCGUUGACUCUAAGAACGGAAAUCCAUACCAAUCUCGACUUUCCUUGGCACCAUCUGAAAUGGGAAUGGGUACACCAGGAAACCGCGCUAGUCAAUUCAGCGGGAGUCAAUAUUUUGGUCAACAAGAAAUGGAAAUGUCUAAUCUGGCGGGCUUACCGAAUGAUGACUCUAUCUUGCAGGAAAUCAGGGAUAUCCUCAGGACAGCUGAUUUGAUGACGGUUACGAAGAAGAGUAUCAAGAUGGAGUUGGAGAAGAGAUUCGGUGUUUCGCUCGAUGCUAGACGAGCUUAUAUUAAUUCUGGUAUGUUGUUACUUUGUCCCUGAUUUGUAUUGCUUGAUGACUAAUUUUUGAAUAGCAACUGAAGCUCUUCUUUCUGGUCAGCUAUGAGGGAAAUGAAUAGGGAGAUUUAUGUUUGAAUUGCAUGCAUAUAAACGGAGUCUAUAUUUUCAUUCUUUGCACGAAUUGAAAUAAUUUUCUUGCCACAUUCGAGAAGAUUUGAGAGUAAUCAAUGGGUUGUCGGAUUGGAUUUGAAGCAUUGAAGCGAUUUGAAUUGUAUCGUUGGCAGGGUCGUUGUGAAGAAAGGGAAGGAAUCUUAAUUGCAUUAUAUUAUUGGAUUGAUUUGAGCUUAAGAGUUAUUUCAAAAUGGGCAGAAUGGAACGCAAUGGGGCGUAAUUAGGAUUUAGGGACCUCUUUUCAGAAUAAGACUAAUACUUUUUAGUCUAAUGUCUUGGCUGUGU